AUGCAAGUGGAGGGCAACUGGAAGGCUGCAGCCAACUUGAAUCUGCUUCUCGGCCUCGAGCACCCACCGGCGCGACUGGAGAAGACACUGCUCACUCCACAGCAAUGCAGGGUCGGCAGUUCUGGCUCUGUCAAGGUGGAGGCGCGCAACACCGCCAGCUUCCAAAGCUCCUCCUACUGCGGCCUCCAAGACAAGUCGGCGCCAACGAUUCGAAAGCAUGUGAUUGACUACUACAAAGAGAUGCUACACCGCGUGCCCCUGUGGCACGGAUUGGUGAAGACACAGGCGGAAAGUGCUGGCUGGAAUAAAGUGGUGAAGCCAGAGCCACAGGAUGAGGAUAGCGUCCCCGGAAUGGACCCCCAGGCCGGAGGUACCGCGCCCACUUUUGGUGGGCCCUUGUUCCGCGCUGUUGGCAUUCUGACGCAGGUGCAGGAUCCGUCGGCGCUGAGUGUGACCACCCAGCAGGCACCGUGGGAGUUCUACGUGGUACAGAACAUGGAUGACGACGAGUGCUACAGGCAUGCGCUGCAGGCAAUGGGGCAGACGAAUUGCAAGGCAGAGGCGUCGUUCACCCUACUUCAGGAUGCAUCACACACUGGCUUCUCAGCGCAGACCUCUGGUAGGCUAGAUAGUAGCACUAGGUGUUCCUCUAUAGGGGUGGCAGCGAAGCCGGCGAUGGGUGAGGCAUGGGAGGAAACGCGAGGGAGGGCCGUCGAGGCGGACGAGGAGGUCGCUGUCCGUGAUGGGAUUCGCCUUUCACUCUACACGCGACAGGUGUCGAGGUUCACUGGUCUGUACCCUGGGAUGGCUGUCGGCAUCAUCGGCGAGCCGUUUCAGCGCAGUACCCGAGGUGUUCUCACCGGUAUUCUCGUGCGCGAGUUCGUCCUACCAUCGCGGCCGAUGUUGCCAUGGCGGGUGGACCGACCACUGCUAUCUGCGUCCAUGACAUCGAAUGCUGGUACGGGCGGCCUUACCGAUGGCAGCGUCUCUAGUGUGCGCAUCCACUUCUGCAGUGGGCCGUUCCCACGGCGCGACGUGUCGGCGCUGCUGCGCAUGGUCACCUGCCAAGCUCUGCACCGAGGUGCAGAUAUACUGGUUGUUGGUGGCCCUUUUAUCCCCCCCUUCGCCAGCGAGUUUGAGCGCGACUUGCUGCCGUCGCUAGGCGCGACAUUCAAUGAGGUGAUGGAGGGAUUUGUGGACAUACUGGAAGAGACGCUGAAGAACUACUACUCUACGCGACCGCUGCUACCACACAUGAAGGUACUGCUCGUAUCGCACAGAGACGACGUCACACAAGUCCCUGUGCUACCCACCACCAUGUAUGCGAUCGCCGACACAGACGACAUCCUCAUUCGCUCGAACCCAUGCCGACUGUCAGUCAACGGGGUGCACGUGAGCGUAUGCAACGAGGACGUCGUCGGUGAUAUGCGGGAGCGCAUGGUGGAGCGCUGGCCGACCGCCGAGGGUAGCCUGCGGCGCGUUGUUGAGGCGCUGGUGAACGGGCGUCUGUAUGCGCCGCUCUACGGAUUCCCAGUGACGACGGUGGAUUUAAAGCACCUCCCACACCUACGCAUGGACUACGUGCCGCCGCAGAACGAGCUGCUUGAGAUGAAGCCCAUAGCGGCUGUGUCGGCGAGCAACAGUGCUGCUAAAGUCCGUGGCCGUGGCGACGCUGAAAGCGGCGAUGCCCUAACGAGCACGUCGAGCGCCACCUCCUCUCGUGGUUGGGAGGCUGUGUUUGAUGUUUCAGCACAACCUUCCACCGCCAUGACGGGGAGUGUGAAGAUGAAACGUGUCAAGCUGGAGGAACUCGCCGGUGACCAAGAGGAGGAGGAGGAGGGUGGUGGUGCAUCGAUCGCGUCCGGUGGCCUAGUGAUCCCAUCGACGGCUGCUGCUGUACCUACGACGGAGUAUCUGCCUCACAUUAUGUUCCUCCCUUCUAGUCGCCCGCAGUUUGCUAUUGUCACCCACCAAAGCGAGGAGGUCGACGGCGCCGAUCUCGACGACGCGGCAAGCGCGUCGGGGGUUCUGGUCGUGAACCAGGAGGUGUGGUCGACGCGCUCGUCACCGACGUUUCAACUCCGCGUGGCGGAGGUCACAAUUCCGAAUACAGACCUCGUGCUGCGGCGUGGCGCUUCGUCUGCUAACGGUGUCGCGUGUGGGGUCCUGCACAUCUACAGCGCAUAA